AUGCGCAGUUGUCUACAGAUCGACAAAUAUCAUUUGAUGUUUGAUGUGGAGGGAGUGUUGGCAUCUCCUUCAGCCACCGGUGAAACAUCCUCUCUAAUUCAAACGGGUAUGGCAAGUGGCUGCAUCCGCUUCUACUAUGUUGAAGCCAAUAAUGACUGCUACGACAUCGCCUUGGAUGCGAGAGUUGCACUUGAUGACUUCUACAUAUGGAAUCCCGCCGUGAACUCAGACUGUUCAGGGCUACAAUCUGGUAUCUUUGUAUGCGUAGGUAAGACUGGUUACGCAACGACCAUCACUAGCGGUGAUCCAGUUCAUGCAAAUCCAGCGCCAACACAGACUAGUAUGGCCGCUGGAUGUCUUCGAUUUUACGAUGUCAACGGCGGUGAUAGCUGCUAUAACAUUGCUUCCGACGCCGGAGUUGCACUCACCGACUUUUAUAGCUGGAACUCCCGCGCUUGGUACGGGCUGCGCUGGCCUACAGUCUUCUAA